AUGGCCAACGAACAAUCGUCUCCUUCUCCUGUCAUCAACACCACUACCACAUCUCCACCUCCCUUAACACCACCACCAGAAACCCACUUCUUCACUAUCCCUGAUACUACUGUGCCCAUACCGGUUUCCUCUUCAUCUCCAGUCACCUCUACUCCUCCGUCAAACCCUGUCUCACUUCCAUGUGUUGCAAACCCUACUUCUCCUCCUUUUUCUGAACAAACCAAAAAUGCUACUCCUCAGGCGUCAGAGGUCUCUGAGGAAGAUUCUGACCAGUACUUGAACUCCUCCGUUCUAGGAUCAGUGGCUCCCACGGAGUCACCAGAAAAGGAAGCGAUACUAAAUAUCAUGGCUAUCACUGCUAAGAGUCUUAUGAAUGAAGGAGCCUCCCCUCUGCCUGAAUCUUAG